CCUGUUCCAUCACCCACCACUAUAGAGAAAAGAAAGAAAAAAGGAAGACUCAAAAUCAAAGAACAAAACAAAAAAGGGGGACUUCAAUUCUGCGCAUUCGUAGCUUUUCUCGCCGACGACUUUUAAACCGCAAAAUAUAAUUACAGAAAUUUUCCAUAUAUCUAUCAAUCGUAGGUUCUCCGUCUCUAUCUCUGUCUCUGUCUUUGUCUUUGCCCCAGUUUUUAUUUCACCACCAAUUACCCAUUUCGUUUAUCUUUCCUCGUAUUUCUUUACUCUCUCUCAAAUGGGUGAAUAAAUAUAGCCAGGAAAUCUGUAUCCAGAUAACUAAUCUAAUUCGGCAUUUGUUAGUAAAACAGGGAGGGGUACUGGUUCGCGGAGGCAGUGAGACUUCUGCGAACUUAGCAUCCUCUCUCGUUGUAUCCUUAUUAUUGUAUGCCUAUUGAGCGUAUGCUUAGUGUGAAUGAGCUCUGGGUGAAAUCAAAUAAUUGCUGUAGUGGGUUGAAAGGAAGAGAUUGAAGUUUACUGUAAUGGGUUCUGUUUGUUGCUGUUUGAGUGUUGAGGAUUUGGAGGACUAUCUGAAUCCAAACAGUUCUGUGAAUAGGAAUUGCAUAUGUCUUAGCUGCUUUGUCCAGAAUUUUGUACAUGUGUAUACCUCAUUAUUCCGACAAGGAGAGGGGCAUUCUGUACCUUCAACCAUACAGGGGGCAGCAUCAAUAACUUCUACUGCUUCACUUGACAACUCUCUCUCUGAAAUGUACCGUUCUCCUCCAAGGCCCAUGCCUUAUGAUGCUGAUCCCAGAUAUUUCCGCUUGCAGCGUGAUGGUCUGGUGUCAAGACGUGAGAAGGGUUCAAGCCAAUUCCAUGAGGAGUCAGAACCUUUAAGAAGUGAUAAUGAUGCAGAUUCAGAGUCAUUAAGCAUUGGAGACAAGUGGAAUGAUACCACUUGUGAAGAUGGAUCAAAAGAACUCCAUUCUAAAUCAUCACUUAAGCUUUCAUCAACAAAAGAGACACCUGGAAUUGGCUAUUUUUAUUAUCCAUCAGAAGAGGAGGAUGUCUGUCCAACAUGCCUCGAAGAAUAUACACCAGAGAACCCCAAGAUAGUGACAAAAUGUUCUCACCAUUUUCACCUUGGUUGUAUUUAUGAGUGGAUGGAGAGAAGUAAAUACUGCCCAGUCUGUGGCAAGGUGAUGGCAUUCGAUGAAACGACUUGAUCCUCUCUUAAGGUUAUGUCGUGGAUGGAACUAGCAACGACUGGAGAAAUAAUGAAAACCAAAAUAGAUGUGUAAAGCCCUUUGUGAAUACCUCAUUUAACGUGUUUGUCAUCUACUGUAAAUACCGUAAAUAUUAAAAGAAACUUGUUCUUUAUAUCAAGUUGUCACAAAAUUAUUCUCUUCAAAAUGUUUUGUUGAAGUUUUAUUUUCAUGGUUGCUGGAAAUUGGCUAUUGAUGCCCUUUUAUAAAAAUAACAUUACACAUGCAAUGGAAGAUAGGUGUGAUUGAAUGAAGAUAACAAAUUACUUGA